AUCCAGCGCCGCUCCCCACAUUGCGCCGCAACCUUGACCUCUACACACUUGGUCAACAUACCAAAAGACGCGUAAUUAACCUGCAAAAAUGACUGGACGUGGCGGCCGCGGCGGAGGUAAAGUCCUCCUCCCACCUAUCAACUUCAUUUUCAAGCUGCUACAAUCGCGGGCCACCAUUUCAGUUUGGCUGUACGAGAACCUGGGCAUGCGCAUCGAGGGAAAGCUCAGGGGCUUCGAUGAGUUCAUGAACCUCGUCAUCGACGACGCGAUCGAAGUAAAGCUCGCCAAGAAGGACGCGCCGGAAGAAAGGCGCAAGGUUGGCCAAAUCCUCCUCAAGGGAGACAACAUCUCUCUCAUCCAGCAGCUGUAGAGGCUGCCUCCCAUCUACACCGGCGCUCGGCUUCGCUCUUGGCCGUCACGCCUCGCACACACUUAGAGUCAACUACAGUGGAUUAUGAAGGAAAGGAAGAGUCGAGUCAAGAUUAAGCCUCGGCGCGAAGGAGCUUGCCAUCUCCAGUCACGAUGGCAUCGAGGCGAAAAUCAGAGGAUGACAUGGGAACCGGCUCAGUUGGCGGAAGGAACCGCUCGGUCAGCGAGAGACCAACUGUGACGUGGUCAGUCAGCCAGCCCUCCACAUACACAAUACCAGUAGUUCUUACCGCGAAAA